AUGGGAUGUAAUGUUUCGGCAGCGACUGCUACGGUUACUCCAAGCGCGACUAUUCGACCACGACAGACUAGUGGAACGCGCAAUAACCAAUCCAUGACGGAUGAACAAUCACAUUUGAUGUAUGCACAAUUAUUCAAGGAACUCACGAAUCAGAUCGGUGAAGAAGAUCGUCCGAGAAUAAUAUCCUACUGUUCAGAUCUUUAUAUCGAAGAAAAUCUUGCUGAUUCAAUCGAAAAGAAUUCUGAAUUGAACACAUUAACCAAUUAUAUGCGAGAGAAAAUUCAAGACGAUGAUCCGAUCUGUUCGAUUGGCCAUUUAAUGUUGGAAAUGGGUUCCUACGAACGUGCAGAAUAUAUUUACUUAAAAGCUUUGUCAACACAACAAGACGACUGGAUCCGACAAGCUUCAUUAUUAAAUAAUCUUGGCAAAAUCCAUCAGGAACAAGAGAAAUAUGUAAAAGCACUUGAAUAUUAUCAGAAAGCUGUUGAAUUACAACAUCAACAUUUACCUGAAGAUCAUUUCAGUCUUAGCAUAGAUUACAAUAAUAUCGGUUCUGUUUAUCAAAAACAGAAUAAAUAUGAUUUAGCUCUGGAAUAUUUUCAACGUGCGUUGAACAUCGAAAUGAAUUCUCUACAAAAACAUGAUGAAUUAGUCGCUCUAUUUACAAACAACAUCGGUUUAGUCUAUAACGAUCAGAAGAAUUUCUCUCAAGGACUUGUUUAUCAUGAAAAAUCCUUAGAAAUGAAUGAUAAACUUCUUCCGUCCACACAUCCUACCUUGGCUUUAUCGCAUCAUAACUUGGCCAUAUCGUUAUUUUUCUUAGGUCGCUUACAACAGGCUUUGGAACAUGCAAAAAAAGCGGUGGACAUCACCUCUCAAUCGUUACCCAACGGUCACCCACAACGUGAUGCUCAUCAAGAUCUAAUGAACAAUAUUCAGAAAAAAAUAUGA